AUGUCCACGCCGACGAGAACGCGAGGGGAGCAAGCGAACGAAACGAACGGCGGUAACGUUGGUAACAGUAGCAAUACGAAUUCCCCUUCCCAGCAGCAAAAUCAAUCGUUAUCCCCGUCGAUUGUGUACCCGACAAAAUUCACCUGGCAUUACGAAGGGAAAGUCGUGCACUUGUGCGGGUCGUUUACGAAUUGGCUGGAAACCGUACCGAUGGCGCCUGAAAUCGUGCCGCCGAACGGGAACCAAGUCUUCUCCGUGGUGUGCAACUUACCGUCCGGGUACCAUCAGUAUAAGUUUAUCGUGGACGGGGAGUGGAGGCACGACGAGAAUCAAGCGUUUAUACAGGACCCGCUCGGGAACGUGAAUAAUUGGUUGUUCGUGAAGAAGCCGUCGGCGACGAGCGGCGGGGGCGGGAGUUCGGUGGUUUCCAGUCCGAGCAAUGGUGGUGGAAUUGGGAGUCCGGGGAUGAGUAGCGCGGAGAAUGUGAGCAUGCACAGCGCACAAACCGGUGGUGCUGGUGGUGGUGGUGGUAGUGGGUAUAAUCAACAGAUGAUGAUGACGCAACAACAGCAAAACUAUCAGCAAGGCACGGCGCCGCUGGAAGUGCCGGGGAUGAUGUCGCCAGGAGGAGGAUCGUCCGGUAUGAACGAGGCCGGCAUUAUUGGUGGCGGACAGCAAGCGCAAGUGAUGCACCAUCAGCAUCAACAGGAUCGCCCGCAAGCGCAGUGGUUAAGUCACGAUGAUUCGCAAUCGGACAGCUUGAACGCGGCGGCGCUGGAGCAACAACGGAGAAUACAACAACAACGACAGCACCAAGGUGGAGGAAGCGAUCAGCACUUAGUCGGGGAGAUUUCUCCAGAACGUGCGUCGCAAAGGCACCAUCACGCGAUGCGGGACGAGGCGAAUGCGGCGGCGGCGGCGAAUGUCAUAGACGCCGGCAUGGAUUGGGUAUCCGGAGGGAUCAACGGGUUGCAGAUUAAACGAGACGGCGACGGGAGACGGAAGUCUAUAAACGUAGCCAGAGACGGUGGACCCAUAGCGGCGGCGGCGGCGGCGGCGGCGGUGGCUUCGACUCGACCCCCAAUGCAACCGAGCACGAAUAAUAACGACUACGUCGAGCAGCAAGGUGGAGCAAAUCCGGACGAUUACGCCUCGGACGCGUCUCGCGCGAGAGUCUUGGAGUUUUUGCAAAGACAUACUGCGUAUGAAUUGAUACCAGAGUCGAAUAAAGUAGUCGUGUUUGAUAUCAAUUUACCAGUCAGGCAAGCGUUUCACGCGUUCUACGAGCAACAGAUAGCCGCGGCGCCGCUUUGGAAUCCGGCAAAAGGGGAUUUCGCCGGGAUGAUUUCCGCCGGCGAGUUUAUAGAUUUGUUGCGAGUGCUCUCGGAGGCGUUCAAAGACGUGAAGCAAGUUACGGAAGAAGAUUUAGAUAGGUUUACCGUCGCGAAAGCGCGGGAAGAAUGCGGCGCGAGCGUGGAGAAUUCGAGUUUACUUUCGGUUCGACCGGAAGAUUCGUUACACCUGGUCGCUUUGGUUUUGUUAAAGAACAACAUGUACUCCGUCCCGGUUGUUUCGUACGGCGGCGGCGGCGGCCAGCAAAGCGGCGGCAGCCAGAGCAAGAAGUCAUCGGGUAGUAGCGGUGGUGGUGGUGGCGAUGGUGGUGGGGGUGAUACUAGUGAUAACAAAGAUAGCAAUAACAACAACAAAAUGGGAAGUAGGAAUCGGAACGCGGCGCAGCUUCUUCACGUGACCAAUCUCGCGGAGAUUUUCGCGUGUUUGCACAGACACUUUAGAGGCGUACCUUCCUCCUUGCCGCUCUUUUCGCAGCCGCUUGGUGCUUUACCCAUUGGCACGUGGACGAAAGAAUUUGGCGGAAGACGGUCGCCGAGCGAUUCCUUACUUCGGAGGACAAACUCGUUCGGUCAAGCGGACGCGGUAGAAGCGGCGUCGGAUGAACAGUUCUUCGCUAAUCUUCCGGAAGAGUUGCAAAGACUAGCGCCUUUGCGGUGUGUCUAUCCUCAGACAACAUUGGCGGAAGCGUUUACGAUGAUGAAUGGUGUCUCGUGCUUACCAGUCGUGGACGACAGCGGGAGAGGUGGUUUGAUUGACGUCUACGCGAGAAGUGACAUUGUGAAAUUAGCCUCGAACAACGCGUAUUUGAACGUAAACAUGGACGAAUUUACGAUAGCUAGAGCGUUGCAAAACUCGAGAAUGGCUUCGGGCGGCGGUGGGUACGCACCAUCGUCGUUGUUAGGCGGUGGUGGUAACGAUGCCUCCAUGGACGGAUCAUCAAUGAACACGAUGCCGAGCAAUGUUUUAAAUAACAAACCUCCGAGUCCGAAAUUCAACGCCAGCGGUAUGAGCGACAGCCCAUUUCAUUCCGGUGGAGGGUCGCCUUCGAAAGGUAAUAAUAAUAUUAGCACGUACGCCGGCGGAUUUUCAACCUGUACGCGUUCGGAUACCUUGCGAGCGGCGGUCGAGGCAUUAGGAUUACCAGGCGUGAAACGUCUAGUCGUAGUGGAUGAAAAAACGGGAGCGUUGGAAGGUAUCAUCGCGUUAUCAGACGUCAUGCGCUUUUUGUUGAGAUAG